UCAGCCCAGUACGAGCAAUCACCUUCUCUUCGUCCCGCACACCCGUGGUCCGGCGAAACUCCUAUGCCCAACGCAACGCAGCCGUCGCUCGAUUGCCUUCUCCUCCUCCGGCAAGCGCCGCUGACCCACCCCGAAUUCUCAGGAGCAUCCUGCUUGCCUCUGCUUCCACCGCGUUUACUUCUGGGUUUCUCUGCGGAUCCAUCCAGGCAUGCUGUCGAGGAUCUCCGGCGUCGGCCUCCGGGCCCUGAGCCAGGCGGCGAGACGAGGUCAAAAUCCAGUUACUACAAGGAGCCACGAAGUAGAAUCCAUUAGCUCUUGUACUAUCCGUGUGGGGAGGAAUUUCUUCUGCUCUGCCACAAAUGGUACAGCCAGUGACAGUAACAAGGAACCGGAAGCUAAAAUAUCUGUUACUUUUGUUGAUAAGGAUGGUGAGGAAAAGCUUGUUAAAGUUCCCAUUGGAAUGUCAAUGCUAGAGGCUGCUCAUGAGAAUGACAUAGAACUUGAAGGAGCAUGUGAGGGCUCUCUUGCGUGUUCAACAUGCCAUGUGAUUGUAACGGAUGUAAACUACUACAACAAAUUGGAAGAUCCUGUGGAUGAAGAAAAUGAUAUGCUGGACCUUGCUUUUGGGCUUACGGAGAAAUCUCGCCUUGGUUGCCAAGUAAUUGCAAGCCCUGAGCUUGAUGGCAUGCGCUUGGCACUGCCAGUAGCAACCAGAAAUUUUGCUGUUGAUGGGUAUGUUGUGAAAUCACACUGACUACAGCCCUAAGAUCAUGAAAGUCACAUGGAUACCCGCUCAGUUUAACAGAAUAUGAGAUACAUUGUUUGUUAUGUUCAUCUUGCCAUAGCUUCAAUUUCGAAUUUCCCCAUUAAUCUGGUUCCUUCUCUAAUUUUGGUGAGAUGGAAAAUCUGGCAGCUUGCUUUGUCAAAUGAUAUUGUAAAAUUUAUUAGUAAAUGCAUUGGUUAUUUACUAUUUUAGUAACUUGAGCUUGA